CGACAGCCCCCCCCAUAAGUAUUUCCUCCCAAACACAAGUUGAGUUUUUGAUCUACUGAGAAGCCAUUUUCUAUAGAUAGUUUAACAGUAUAAUUAUCUGUGCAUGAUCAUGAAGCUGCUUGUCUGCACCUCCUUGCUGUUGUGCUCUAUGGUACUCUUGGUGGAGUGUUACCCCGAUGGUGCUCCUGAAGAAUCAUGCAAAACCCUUGCUCCGUCUUCCGAAAAGCAUGACGCACGUCCCCAAACAACAACAAGUCCUUAUUCUCUUAACAUUUCAGGCUUCAAUGACGGAGAAGGCUAUCAUUACGAGCUUGGAAAAACUUACCAAUUGACUCUGCUUGGAGUGGACAAACAUCCUUUCAAAGGGUUCUUUGUGGAGGCUCGAGAGAAGAAAUCUAGUAAUGAAACAAGGCCGACUGGGAAGUUCACCGUGAUGCAGGGAGACUCAGUCAGCAGACUCAGCAGUUGCUCUGUCCGUACCGAUGGGAUCACACAGAAAUCUGCUGUAGAAAAGGUAGCUGUCACUUUUGAGUGGACGGCGCCUACACUGGGAGUGGGAGACAUUAACUUUGAGUUUGCAGUUGUUCAAGUGAAGAAGAUUUACUGGGCACACCAGUUAACUGCUUCGAUCAAGCAAAAGCCAAGUGCCCUCUGAGAUGACCCUGCUGAAAGCAAAGCAAGAAAUUAAGAAAGAGGAGUGAUCACAUUAACGUUAAUUUGUAGUAUCGUAUAUAGGAACUGUUGAUUCUAGUACUGAUUAUAGGUUCUUUCUGUGCAGAUCCCUUGUGCCUAGCUAUAAGGGCCUGAUCCAUGCAGGUGGCUCUAUUAUGUAUAGGAUGUCUCAGUUGCCUUUUGA